AUGAUGUUGCUCAAACUUGCGGCGGUGUUUGUCACUGCAAUUCUUGCAAUACAAAGUGUAUCAACAGAACCGGCACGGAGAAAGUACAAGUAUAGUUCAAAUAAGGAUGUUUAUUCGUUGGAAGGAUUACAAGCUCGUGUCAUUGGAAAUCCUCUUGUAACGACAUCGAACAAUAAUUUGCCUACUAGUAUUGUUAUACCAUUGCAAUUGGAUCAGUUCAGCAACUAUUUUUUAAAACACAAAUAUGUGACAACUACGUCAACGUCAACGCCAACACCAACUAAACCUCCAAAGCCGACAAGACCAACUAAACCUAAUAAGCCGACUCGCACGCCGAAACCUAAACCUCCGCCAUACUAUCCUCCGUAUUAUCCACCUUAUUAUCCACCCUAUUACCCACCCUAUUAUCCACCACCAUAUUAUCCACAUCCGCCAUUUACAACAACCACGGAGAAGCCAACAACUACAACCACUACUACUACAAAGAAGCCAACAACUACAACCACUACUACUACAAAGAAACCAACUACUACAACAACAACUACUACCACGGAGAAACCAACCACUACUACCACAACAACUACGACAGAGAAACCAACUACUACAACAACUACAGAAAAGCCAACUACUACAACAACUACUACAGAGAAACCAACUACUACAACAACCACUACAGAGAAACCUACUACGACAACAACUACUACAGAGAAACCAACUACAACAACUACAGAGAAACCUAACAGACCGACCAGAUUUCCUCCAUGGUGGCCGUUCCCAACUCCAAGAGCUGGUUCACGUUGGCAAUUAGUUCUUGACUCGCCCUUUGAGUUCAACCGAAGCAUCAAGAGCAAAUAA